UUCAUGCUAGAGAAAGACCAUGUUAACAAGAAUUUUACGUAAAAUCCUUUUCUGAAACUAAUGACUUGAAGAGACAUUACAUACUGUCAAAAUGAGCCAUUGUGACGUCUGUUCGAAGACAUUUUACGAUGCUUCGGCUUUAAUAAAACAUAAGAGAAGACACACUGGCGAAAAACGCCAUUCUUGCGCAUACUGUUCUAAAGCGUUUUAUGAGCGUUAUGAAUUGAAGAGUCACAUGAGAUCCCAUACUGGUGAAAAACCUCAUUCGUGCAAGUAUUGUCCGAAGACAUUCAAUCAGUCUGGACAAUUAAGGAGACAUAUGAGCGUCCAUUCUGGCGAAAAAUCAUUUUCUUGUGAACAUUGCUCAAAGUCAUUUUUUUACGCUUCAGCUUUAACGAAACAUUUGAGAAUGCACAUUGGCGAGAAACCCCAUUCUUGUGCAUACUGUUCUGAAGCGUUUUAUGAACGUUAUGAAUUGAAAAAUCACAUGAGUAUACAUACUGGUGAAAAACCUUAUUCGUGCAAGUAUUGCCCGCAGGCAUUCACUCAGCCUGGACAAUUAAGGACACAUAUGAGCGUCCAUUCGGACAAAAAGUCAUUUUCGUGCGAAUAUUGCUCAAAGUCAUUUUUUAUCCCUUCAGCUUUGACGAAACAUUUGAGAGUGCACACUGGCGAGAAACCUUUCUCGUGCGAAUAUUGUUCCAAGACGUUCGGUGACCGUACAGGCUUGAGGACUCAUCGUAGAAUCCAUACUGGGGAAAGGCCUUAUCGGUGUGGAUAUUGUAAAAUGGCCUUUGUCACUGCUUCGCAAUUGAAACGGCAUAGGAUGACCCACACUGGCGAAAAACCCUAUUCGUGCGACUUCUGUUCUCAGUCAUUCACUCAAUCAUCAAGUUUAAAGGCGCAUAUGAGACGCCAUUCUAGCAAAAAGCCAUGUUCUUCAGAGGCCCUUCCUCGGGCUUCCAAUUCGGCGACACAAUCGAAAAUGCAUUCUGGAGAAAAGUCAUAUUCAUGCAAAUAUUGUUCUACGUCAUUUUCUGACGCUUCGAACUUAAGAGCACAUUUGAGAGUCCAUAUUGGGAAAACACCAUAUUCAUGAGAAUAAUGUUUCAAUUCCUUUUUGUGACAAAUAAAGCGUGACGAGACAUAUGAGCUACUAUGCUGAUGCAAAACGUGGGUUUAAUCAUGGCCCCACUAAAUUUUGCAUAAGCUUAUAGGCCGUGAUAAUCGCUGAAACUCAUGGCAACAAAGAAGGCUACAGGAAACCCCUGUUUUUCAUUACGUUGCCUUUGAUUGGUGGAUGCACAGGAUUCAGUUCAGCGCCUCUUGCGGUCAAAAUGGGCGACAUCCAAUCAAAAAUAAACGAACUUUGAAAUGCUGAUUUCGGCGAAUGCAUAGUAUUCCAUUCAGCGCCUCUUGCAGUCAAAAUGAGCAACAUGUGAGGUUGCAAAUUUUUCAAGAAUUUCAAGAGCGGAUCAUAGUUGCAUCGUUUAACACAGAAAAGUCAUUAAUUGUCAAGGCCCAUUAAGCGCCAGUGCCAUCUAGUGGGGCCACGGUUUAAUUUAUAAUUGUUGAAAGCCGUUUUCUCGUGUGAAAUACUUGUCAGCGCGUUCGUGACAGAAAUAUCUUUUUUCUCGAAUUUUUUUCAGUUACAUUUUCACAAAUGGUGAUGUGAGUUAGAAGAACAAAUUUUCACUCACAAAAAUCACAUGACUGUCAAUUUUGCAUAUAGGUG